AAGUCAAACAAUUGCAGUGUGUCUAACUCUCCCUCUCCCCCUCUCUCUGCAGUCCAGCUGUUGAAAUCGUCAGAGCUGGGUCGCCACAGUCUACUCUAUGUGAAGGAGAUAGGACAUGGUUGGUUUGGCAAGGUUCUCUUGGGGGAGGUGAAUGCAGGUCUCAGCACCACCCAGGUGGUGGUCAAGGAGCUGAAGGCCAGUGCCAGUGUCCAGGACCAGAUGCACUUCCUGGAAGAGGCACAGCCAUACCGUGCCCUCCAGAACCCAGCCCUCCUGCAGUGCCUGGCACAGUGCUCAGAGGUUACACCCUAUCUACUGGUCAUGGAGUUCUGUCCUCUGAAGGCGAAUGGCAGAGUUCGGGCCUCUGCACCUGCACAAGACAACUUCAUUCACAGUGACCUGGCCUUAAGGAACUGCCUUCUGACCUCAGAGAGGACAGUAAAGAUAGGAGACUAUGGCCUCUCACACAGCAGAUACAAGGAUGACUACUUUGUGACUCCAGACCAGAUCUGGGUGCCGCUGCGUUGGAUCGCCCCAGAGCUCAUAGACGAGGUGCAUGGUAACCUACUAGUGGUGGACCAGACUAAGGACAGCAACGUCUGGUCUCUGGGAGUGACUAUCUGGGAGUUGUUUGAGUUGGGGAACCAGCCGUACAGACACUACACUGACAGACAGGUCCUGACAUAUGCUGUGAAGGAACAGCAGCUCAAACUAACCAGGCCCCGGCUCAAAGUACCCCUGGCUGAGCGCUGGUAUGAAGUGAUGCAGUUCUGCUGGCUGCAGCCAGAGCAGAGACCCAACAGUGAGGAGGUACACCUCCUCCUCACCUACCUGUGUGCCAAGGGGGCCAGUGGAGUCCAGGAGGACUUUGAACAGCGCUGGAACUCCCUGAGACCCAACCUGACUGGCAGCUCCACUCACAGCCACACCGCCCCAGCCCCUCCACCACUAACUCAGACUACUGUCCCUGCCCCAGCCCGACCAUCUAUCCCUGGGGACGUGGAGUUGGAGCCGGCCUCCACCUCCCGCAACUCCUUCCCCCUCCUAGAACACUUCUCCCACGACAGCUUCCACUCAGACAGCGGUGACGACAUCCUGACCGUGACAGAGACCAGCUAUGGUGGGCUCAACUUUGAGUACAAGUGGGAGCAGGCGAGAGCCGAGCAGCCAUACUGUUCCUCAUCCACCAGCGGGCCUCUGGGCCAGGGCAACCCUCACUACCAGGACGUAUACUACCCCGUCGGGAACACCUCCACCUCGGGCAGCUGUAAAGGGGACGGAGGGGGUGGAGGGCUUGUUCUGGGGGUCUCCCCAUCCUACUACGAGUCCGACCACUCCGGAUCGGGGUCAGGGUCGGGGGUAGGGGUGGUGCCGGUGUUGAGCGCUCACAGCCCUUCGGUCGGCAGUGAGUACUACAUCCGUAUUGAGGAGCCGGUGGAGUGUAAUAUCAACCUGGAUGAUAGUGUGGUUGACUACAGCCCUGGGUUGGAGGCUGAGGAUGGCAGCCUCUCCUCAGGGAGCAGAACCCCACAGCCCCAGUCCCAGUCCCAGUCCCAGCCCAGUGCCUACUGGUCAGCAGCAGCAGGCGACAGCAGUGGGGGUAAACACAGUACCCAUGACUCUGACAAUAGCCCGGCCUUGUCCCUGACCAUGGAGCCUCUCCUGAGACAGACAGCCAGCACAGCCAGUCCCGUGGAGCUGGGGCGGUCCCACCAGUACUUCUCACCCAAUCAGAGACAGGCUUUCUACUGUGAACAGUCGCCCAUUCGAGAGACGUGUUGCCAAUCACCAGAGGACACGCCCAUAAUGUCCCAGCUGAACCUGCAUCAUCCAAUGGGGAGGCUGGAAACCCCUCUGGGGGUGGGGUCCUCCCACUCCCAGUGCCUGAGUAGCCCUAGUCUGGGACACUGUGACCCCUACCUCGAGGCUAGCCAAGGCUUCUCCACCACAGCCAGGAGGACGGUUAGUGAAGGCUACUAUGACAUGAUGGGUCCCCUCAGAAAGACUCUACCCAUGGCUAAACAUAUUAGCAUUGACGUGGAGACAGGGGAUGGGGGACUUUUGGUGGGCAGGAGGAGAGGAGAAAGUGACACUGGGGACAUCGACGAUGGUGAUCUCUUCUCUGAGAGAGAAGCCACCAACUGGACCUCCAACCACUCGGCCAAUAACAACAGCAUGACUUUUGACCUUAGGCAGACGGGCCAAUCACAGGACAGCUAUCUGGACCUCCAUUACACCAACACCACGACACACUCCUCUACUGUAACAGGCUCGUGUAACAGUAGCAACAUGUGCCAGCAGCACAGCUCCAGAGCCUUCAGCUAUAUGGAGGCCACAGGGAGAGAGAGCGCUGUCUGCUCUUCCUCUAGCAGACCCAAUGAGGGCAGUAGUGCUACUACAUAUAGUCACCUGUGUCACGGAGCUAGAGAUAAACCUGUGUGUCUCUCAGACCACUCUACCCUAGAUCAUCUCAGAGGUGUUGCUGUUGACUCUCUCUCCAGCUCCUCUGUUGCUGUCAAGUGUGUUAACCUCAAAGGUGGUGUAAAGGACGGCGUCCCCACCACCAAAACUACAACUACGGUGUCUGUAGAGGGACACAGUAAAAACCCAUCUCUGAUUACAGGAGAGAGGAAAUUCUCCCUUCCCAAGAUGAUCCCAGGACCAGGCUGUAUCCAAUCUCCGUCCACAUACAUGGAGCUUGACACUCGCACAGGCCUCAGCACUAAGGCAGUCCUGACAGAGAAGCAGGGGGGUAAUGUCUGGGAGACACCUUCAUAUGUUAAAGACAGAGGUCCAGUGGAGGUGAUGUCUGGUGGUGUGGGGGAGAGGAGGCUGGGGAUGGGGCUGGCCCACCCUGAAGGGGUACUGCUAGAGCCGGUCGGGUCCUUGUUUGAGGCUAGCAGAGGGCUGGACAGUGGGUUGGAGAUGGCCGGUCAUUCCAGCAUCAGCCUAGUGGACAUCAGCAACUGUAGCUACGACGAUGAGGACGAUGACAUAACGGAUAUCACUUCUGGAAUUUUGGCCGACUACUCCCUGGACUAUGCUGACGAGGUAGGAGACGAUCUAAGCCCCGCCCACCACCCCGACGGACGCUCCCUGCAGAACCCGGUGGGAACCCCCGACUCCGUGGACACCCUGGACAUGCUGUCGCUGUCAUUGUCGGUUACCACCGCCAGCCCCUGUGAGGCCUUCAGCCUUGAUGACGUCUUUCUCCAUCCCUCCUCCUCCCUCUCCUCCUCUUUCACCUCCUCUUCUUUCACCUCCUCAUCUCUCCUCCCCAAGUCCCUGGACAGUGGCUACGACACAGAGAACAAUGAAAGCCCAGAGUUCAUCCUAAAGGAGGGAGGUGGGAAUGGGGAGUUCCUAUUGGACUGCGAAGGAAACCAGCAACAACACCCAGUCCUCGGUGGGAGCCACCUGGCCCGCGGUGGGGUUAGCCUGGGGCCGAGGUCGGACCAGAUGGUCCUUCAGCAGGUGGACCUGGGUGAUGGGGUUGGGGUCACUCUGUGUACCUCUUCCUCCUCUGGCUGCACUGAGCUGCAGCUAAAGGGACUAAGUGACAAGAAUCCGUUCGUGGACUCUGCCUACUUCUCUGACUACGACGCGGAGAACGAGAGGAGUCCCCAGGAUGAAGGGAGUAACUUCUUCUCCAGUCCAGGAGAUAAGAAGGACUUUGUGGGGCACACAGCCUCGAAACAGAGGAUACGGUCAGCGAGGAGAGAUGAACUCCAACCACAGACGGGGAGAGAGGACGGUUACCGUGAACUGACAGACCUGACAGGAAACACAAACACAAAUGGAGUGGUGGUGUUUGACACUACCACAGGUUCCUCUCCCUCCUCGGCCCCUGGCCCGCGCCUCUCCAUGCUGGCCCCCUUCCCCCCUCAGAUGGGGGGCUGUCUGGCCAAAGAGUCUGCCCCUGACGAUGCUGUAGGCCUGGAGUCUGAGCACAGCGGCGAGGAGCCGGCAUCUGGGUGCAGCUCCACCAUGGUGUCUGAGGGUUCCUCCACAGUGCAGGAGGCUUCAGCCAGACACCCUGACCAGGAGAACCAUCACAGGGCCUCAGAGGAUGACUACUCCCCAUCCAGUCCCUGGGCUCCGACUACCAUAGACUACAGAGAGGAGGUGAUGAAAGAGAAGGAGGAGGACGAGGAGGGAGAGCAGGGAUCAACUGAGGAGGACAUGCCAGAGUUUAAUCAGGUCGACGAGGAUGGAGAGAAUGGAGAGAGAGGAGGGGAAGAGGAGGAGUAUGAGGAGUUAGAGGAGGAGAACGAAGAGGAGGAGGAGAAGGCUGGCUACAGCAGACACCAGAACGGUCCUGUUGGCCUACUCACCUCAUCUCCAUCGCUCCUCUCCUGCUCCCCCUCACUCCAGGAGCUGUGUCGGGAGGUGGAGAGGCGAGCUCCUCUAACCGAGGGGGAGGAGUCAGACGACAGUGAGUCAGAGGAGGAGCUGCGGAGCUACAACCUGCAGGAGGAGCUGAGCGAGGAGGACAGUGAGGGGGAGGUGAUGGGGGUGCCGGUGGUGGUGAGCGAUAGUAGUGGGUCCAGAAACCUCCGCAGCCUCCUCAAGAUGCCUAAGCUCCUUACACAGUCCUUCUGUGACGAGCUGGACAGGAAGAAGAAAGCCGUGUCCUUCUUUGAUGACGUCACCGUCUUCCUGUUCGACCAGGAGAGCCCCACAGGAGAGCUGGCUGACUUCACGUUUCCCCCAGGAGCAGAGUCCAGCAGCCAGGCCUCAGGCGGGGAGAACCCCCAGCCGGACCUCCAGCCCCACCCCACCAUGGGCCACCACCACCACCACCCCACCAUGGGCCACCACCUCCACCCAGGCAGGGCACCACACGCCUCAGAGGACUCUGAUGGCAACAUGUCAGAAGAAGGUGGUGGGUUUGAGUGGGAGGAUGACAUCCCAUUGAUGACCAGCCCGUUGUCCAGCCCGUCUACAGCUGAGCCACCGGUCUCCGAUCCCAUCCCGGUCCCUGCUGCCAAGCCUCCCGAGGACAAGCCUCCCGAGGACAAGCCUCCCGAGGGCAAGCCGGUAGCAGUAACAGCAGCAUCACAGUUCUCCCGUUUCAGCGUGUCCCGCUCCCGCUUCUCCAUCACACACGUCCCCAAUCCAGACAUGAACUCUGGAGGGAGCAGUGAAGAUGGAGAGAGGCAGUGAAAGAAGGAUUGAAGGGGUCUUCUCCAUGACAGGAAGGAGUAUACCUCCUCUCCUAGUAUGACUACCAGGUGUUCAGACCUGGGAUCUCAAGGACCUGAUGACCCUGUAUGAGCCAAUGCCUUGUAUCGUAGUGACUCAACAUCUACAUUCCAAAUGACAGCCUAUUCCCUAUGUGCCCUGGUCAACAAUAGUGGAAAACAUAGGGAACAGGGUGCCAUUUCGGAUGCAGACAAACACCUUAAUGGUUCCUUCUCUUACUUUGUAUUAUUACUCCAGAGAGAGACAGAGAGAUAGCUGUAGGAACGAUGACAGAGUCCUGAGAGGACCACAACCAAGCAGUAUGUGACUGAUAAUAUAGAUGUAUUAGAGAUAUAUAACAUCUACACUUAUGACAAUUAUUAAUAACGUAUUUGCUCAAAUCACCAUUGACGUUCAGUAGCGUCAAGUCAUUUGGUGAAAAGGAAAAAGAGACAAAAAAAUGAAAAAAUGACAGACUUGGUCUCAUUGCUGCUCUCUCAUUGGCUGCUUUGGUCCUCCAUCUGCUUGCUCAUCGGCUGGUUGGAUCUUCUAGAACAGUGUUACAGUGCUUCCCUGGAGCCAUUGAAUAACGGCUGAUGACCGCCCCACAGGAAGCUGCUCUCUGUGGGGGUUCAAAGAUGAAGACAACCCCCCUUUACAAAUGACAGAGGAAUUAGGGGUGGGGGUACUGCGAAACCUACUGUGCUCCCUUGACAAAGCCACAGGAAGGUGGACGGUCUUGCUGAUGUUUUAGUUCAGGGAUAAAAAAAUGUAUCAUUAUGAUGUUAUACCAUAGCAUUGAAUAUGUGUUUCUGAUUGGCUUGAAGGGCAUUCUAGAGCGUGCAUUAUUUCCGUAUAACUCACGGUAUAUUUGCACGAUAGAAAGGUGCGUUCUUACAUGUUAUAUGUUUGAGUUGCUUUUGAAAGCAAAAGUUCAAUAAACAUUAUUGGCAUGUUUGAAUUCGAUUUUCAUAAUGGCGAACUAGUACUGAUGGUUUAGUUCGCUAAACUAGCGAGUCAGUUUGUUCGGUUACCAAGGCAACCACUGUCGCUGUCUAGUAAACUUGCUAGCUACCUUCAGUGGAUGUUAAACACAUUUCUACUGGCCAAUUAACACAUUUCUAGCAGCAAAUGUGUUCAAUUAUAGCCCUGGUAUAAAAGGGAUAAUCAACUUGGGGCUCUAUGCAUACUGGAAAAGUGGAAAGUCAGCUGGAACACACCUUCCACAUCGUUCAUUAUUUUCCAUAGAACCCAUAGCCUCUGGUUGAUUAUCCCUUACAUAACAGAUCAUUAGAGCCAGAGCCCUGUUGAAAUCUAUGUAUGUUAUAAUAUAUAUGGCUCUGCUUACAACUUGGUAACACU